AUGCCCUGGAUAUGGCCCGCCUGCCGAGGUAUGGCUCGAACAAGAGUGCCGUUGUGCAAGGAGGUUGGUCUCUUGGGCAUCUAUGCCGUCGCGUGGCUGAAGAAGCGCGUUGGCAUGGACAGUGUGUUCUGCUUCGACACCCACGAAGAGCGCCUGAAGACCGCCGAGAGGUUUGGGGGUAUCCCCCUGCUGGUUCAUGGCGGUGAUGAGGAGUGCCUGGAGCGGUCGCGCUUCAUCCGGGAGCGCUACCCACGUGGCGUGGAUGUGGCGGUGGAGAUGACCGGCGCAAAGCACGUGAUCCACGAGGGCGUUCAGCUUCUGCGGAACGGGGGCCACUACUCCUUCGCCGGCAUGGUGCAUCCCGACUCUCAGCUCUCCUCCUUGACGGGGGAGACCAUUAUCAGAAAGUGCCUCACCAUCCGUGGGGUGCACAACUACACGCCCUGGAACUUGGAGGAGGCUGUGAAGUUCUUGGACGAGUUCCGCGAGGAAUUGCCUUUAGACUCUGUGCUAUCGCCGAAGAGCUACUCCCUGGCCCAGAUCAACGAGGCCUUUGCCGAGGCGACUUCCGGCUCCUAUUGCCGGGUGGUGGUGAACUGCGAUAUGUGA